AAUGCUUGUUAAAAGAUAAGCAAGUUGUAGGAAUUUUGGGGAUCGGAGGCGUUGGUAAAACAACUAUUGCACUAGAAGUAUUUCGUCGAAACAAAAAUCAAUUUAAUGGUCAUUACUUUGUUGAAAAUGUCAGGGAAACAAUGAUAAAGAAAUCAUCAAAAUCAGCACGAAAAAAAAUAAUUUGUGAAUUAUUAAGGGACAAACAUAUAGAUGAUUUGAAUGAUCAUGUUUGCAAAAGGCUCAAGAGUAUGAAGGUAUUGAUUGUUUUUGAUGAUAUAGAGGAUCGAAACCAUUUAAAAGAUUUAGCAGGAGAGUGUCAUUUGUAUGGUGAGGGAAGUAGAAUCAUCAUAACUAGUAGAGAUUCACUUGGUUUAUCAGAAGAAGGCAUAUAUGAGGUUGAGAAGUUAAUUGAUUCUCAAGGUCUGGAACUCUUUAGCUUACAUGCCUUCGAGCAAAAUCGUCCCAAGGAAGAAUAUAAGGAGCUAUCAAAGAAGGCGACAAUCUAUGCUGGAGGCAAUCCACUAGCUCUUAAAGUUUUGGGAUCUCAUUUAUUUCGUAGGACGAUAGAAGAAUGGGAAAGCGAAUUGGAAAAAUUGAAAGGCAAAUCUCUUAAAAAAAUUGAAGAUGUUUUGAAAAGAAGUUAUGAUGGGCUAGAAAAGAAUGAACAGGAAAUAUUUCUUGACAUUGCAUGUUUCUUCAAAGGGAAAGAUAAAGAUUACGUUCAGAGAAUAUUAAAAGCAUGUGGUUUCUAUCCAGAAAGUGGAAUACCUCGUCUAAUUGAGAAAUCUCUUAUAACUAUUUCAAACGGUGCGGUAGAUAUGCAUGACUUGUUAGAGCAAAUGGGCAAGGAUAUUGUUAAUGAGGAAUGCAAACAGCUUGGAAGGCGCAGCAGGUUGUGGAAUUAUGAAGAUAUUAAUCAUGUAUUGAUAACAGAAACGGGAACCGAAAAUGUUGAGGCCAUAUCGUUUCGUCCGGGUGGGAGAGGUAUUUUGAAGCUUUUGGAGCUAAGUGCCACGGCCUUUGCGAAGAUGUGCAUUCUUAGAUUCAUCGAAGUAUGGAACAGAGUGCUCCUUCCUAAGAACUUUGAAUUUUGUGCAAGCACUAAGAUGUCUUUACUGGGAUUUUUAUCCUCUGGAAUCUUUGCCGUUAAAUUUUUGGCCAAAGAAUCUUGUAGAACUUCGUAUGCGUGGGAGCAAACUCAUACAACUGUGGAAUGGAGGAGAUAA